UAAUCCCCUUGUGUUCUGGCAGCAAUGCCAUAGGGGUUUUCACAGACGAUUCUGGCUCCUGAUCGAUGAACUCCAUCUACGAUUGAGGAGCUCUGGCCUUGAUUGACAAGCUUCGUCCCCUAUUGACGAGCUCCUCCAGUCUUUGAUCUGCCGUCUUUUCUCUGUGAGAUGGGACUUUUAAGUUGGCAUUCCAAUUUAUUGUUCGCAUUACUGUAGAUGAGAUCUGUGAGGUGGUUUUGUGACUGAUGAGAAAAAAUAUCUAUUCCUCUGUGGACUGGAUUCAAGUCAUCAUUUUCUCUGUUGCUGACUGAAGUUUAAGCAAUAUUAGCAUGGUAACGUACAGAAAACAUGCCUGAAGUAGUUGUUGAUAUUGAUGCUGGGAGAAAACGGAGAUUACCUGCAUGGAUGCUGCGGGUGAGCUCCCCUGAUAAACAAAGAACCUCUCAAAGUGGAGAUAAAACAUGUUCACCAUUGAAAGAUCAACCUGAGACUCAGGAUGCUGGGUCUAAAAGUAAAGGGAUAUUAACUCAAGAUACAGAUGUUUCAGAUAAACUUGAUCUCUCACAAAGGUGUGAGGCAAAACAAGGAACUAGAAAAGCAAGGAGAAGAGGUUUAGGUUUGGAUAAGUCCAAACUUAGUGAGGCUCAGACGAAACAUAAGAAGGAAGCUGAUGGAGGUGAGAGAAUGUUGGAUUGUAGGGAUACUGCAAAGAAGCAAAAGCUAAAGAGUAAGAGAUCCAAGAACAGUGACAUGCAAGUCACGUCACCAGGAAAGGAGGAUGAAAUAGAACUGACAGUUGAAGAUCUGGUGAGCAUUGCUGAAGAGUAUGUAAAUGCUGAUAAGGAGAAACAGCAUGAGCACUCAAUUACAAGAGAAUCCCAUUUAAAAGCAAACCCUUCAAGCUUGUCAGCUUCCUCAAAUGUUAAUGCUGGCCGACCUAUCCAAGCUGCUGGAUCUGGCAAGAUAAUAUCCAAAUGCAUAACCACUAGUUCCAGUUCUUAUUUAACUGAUACUGAAAGGAACAAAGAGAAACGCCUUGGAGGGGAAAAUUUCGCCACUAAUAUCACAAGAACUGGGGAUACCGUUCAAGAUAUGUUGGACCUCUUUAUAGGUCCUCUGCUGCAGAAACCUUCAGCCAUAGAGCAAGAAAAUGGGACAAUUAAAACAGAAAGUAUGAACAUAACCGUUGAAACUGACAAACAAGCCAGAAGCAGGGAACUGUGGAGAGAAGAAGGAACAUUGGUUUUGACAAAAAAGAAGAGCAGCUUCAAGGAUAAGGUGGCCAUGUUUCUUGACUAAGUGCAGUAUCUGGAAAUCAGUGGUGAAUCAGUCAUUUGCUUCUAAUGGGAAACUGAGAGGUAAUUCUUGUUUGGAGUAAGGUGCACUGAUGCAGAAACAUCCUAUUCAAUUUGUUUCUGUCUGGCAUUUGUAUAGUUGGAGGUUGUAUUCGCACGUAGAAUUUAGCAUUAUUGUAGUUUUUGCAGUGUAUAUAUAUUGCCAAUAAUAUAGAGGGGUGUUUGGUUAUAUAUUGCCAAUAA